AUGAAGGAAGCUGGAAUGGAAGGCGGUGGUGGCGGUGGUUGGGUGAUGUUUACAAACAAGUUGUGUUUUCGAGAUGAUUUCAGAGUCACUCGAAGAUUAGACAGAAUUCGGCAUCACUUGGAGAUCGGGCAGAGUUCUGGCGUCACUAGAAAGUCGGGCGCAAUUUCGGCAUCACUUGGAAAGUCGGGCGAAAUUUGGCAUCGUUUCAAAGUCGGGCAGAAUUUUGGCGUCACUAUGAAGGCAGACAGAAUUCUGGAGUCGUUUGGAAGUCGGGCAGAAUUCCACCGUUACAGGGAACUCGGGCAGAAUUCUGGCGUCGUUAAGAAGUCGGGCAUAAAUCCAGCGGCUCCACGCGGGGGCAAGCGCUUGCUGCUUUCUAUCAUCCACAUUGUUCCAAAUCUUUCCUCCCUCGCCUUCGAUUUCGCUCCUCUCCUCCUUCCCUUCUCCGCUUCUGUUCCAUUCCAAAGAACAAAAUCUACAUCACAACGUUCAAAAAACCUUAAUAAAGCUUUACUUAUCAUUCACCCAAUCCUCUUUUUACCGAGCUUGAGGAUGACGACUGCUACAUGGGUGGCCGGGCAUGCUGUCCUUCCACGGCAUCUCUGCUGCUCGUGUUCCUCUUCCUUCCCCCCUCCUCUUUCCCACUCCAAAACCCUAACUUCCAAUCCCAAUACAUUUCCUUCUCUGCAUUCAGACUUCCUUGGCAACCCAUCCGCCUCUUUCCUCUCAGUUGCUACAAUCCGACCCGCCGUGGCCUCUCCUGGGCCACGCAGCCUUGCCGUCCGCAUGUCAUGGGACGGCCCUCUCUCCUCUGUUCGGCUUAUUGUCCAAGGAAAGAACUUCGAGUUGACGGAUUCAGUGAAGAAGUAUAUCGAGGACAAGGUAGGAAAGGCCGUGCAGAAGCAUUCUUACCUCGUCAGAGAGGUCGAUGUUCGACUUUCCGUCCGCGGGGGUGAGUUUGGGAGAGGUCCCAGAGUUCGCAGAUGCGAGGUGUCUCUCUUUACCAAGAAGCAUGGGGUUGUGCGUGCAGAGGAGGAUUCUGAGACAGUAUAUGGGAGCAUUGAUCUGGUUUCAUCCAUCAUACAAAGGAAAUUAAGGAAGAUCAAGGAGAAAGAUUCAGAUCAUGGCCGUCAUAUGAAAGGAUUCAACCGUCUUAAGGUUCGGGAUCCUGACCUGAGCGUAGAAGAGGAAGAGGAGGAAGACGAAGCUGAACAGUCUGUACCUCAGGAAGAGGAUGAGAACAUCUUGGAUGAGGUUGUUCGUACAAAAUACUUCGAUAUGCCACCAUUAACCGUGGAAGAAGCUGUAAAGCAAUUACAGAACGUGGAUCAUGACUUCUAUGGCUUCCGAAAUGAUGAAACAGGCGAGAUAAACAUUUUGUACAAAAGAAAAGAUGGUGGCUAUGGAUUGAUAAUCCCCAAAGAGGAUGGUAAGGAGCAAAGGGUUGAGCCGGUGGAUGCACCUUCUGCAAAAGAAGCGUCGGUUUUGGAUUAGAUGAAGAGCUGACUCCAAUUCACCUUAUUCUGAUGUUUUUUAUUUUUAUUUUAUUAUUUUUUUCUCCUUUUUUUGUCCCAUGUUUUUCACCUUUGUGAUGAUCUGUAAAGUUGAUAAAA